UGUUUGGGAGGCAUUGGGCUUUCUCUGUCAGGAGCUGGGGCCAAGGCCUCGCUCUGCUUUCUUGGCGGAACGCCUCAGUCAGGGCUCAAAGCCUUGGCACCGGGGGGACUAUUUUCCUUCCUUGGCGGAAGGUUACGAGCGGAGUGGACAGCGGCACGACGUCCUUGAAAAGCCGCGGCCUGGAGGCGGAGCCCCGCAGUCCCUCUGGAGCCGAGGAGGAGGCAGUUACAGGUCCAUCUGUGUGGGGUUUCGGAGCGCCUCUCGCCAUGUCUGGGGAGCUGGAGAUCAUGGAGUCGCAGGUGCUGUGGGAGCCCGACUCCAAGCGGAACACCAACAUGGAUCAGUUGCGGGCCGCGGUCGCCGAUGCUUACGGGAUCCGCCUGGCCAACUACAGUGAACUGUACCACUGGUCAGUAGAGCAUUAUCCGGAUUUCUGGGCAGAAUUUUGGAAGUUCAGUGGGAUUGUCUUCUCUCACCUCUAUGAUGAGGUGGUUGAUCCUUCUAAGAGCAUUGCAGAUGUUCCAGAAUGGUUUAAAGGCAGCCGGCUGAACUAUGCAGAAAACCUCUUGAAGCACAAAGAGAACGAUAAAAUUGCCCUCUAUGCUGCACAGGAAGGAAAGGAAGAAAUCGUGAAGGUGACUUUUGAAGAGCUAAGGCAACAAGUCGCUCUGUAUGCUGCAGCCAUGAGGAAAAUGGGAGUGCAAACAGGAGACAGAGUUGUUGGUUAUUUGCCCAAUGGUAUCCAUGCGGUGGAAGCAAUGUUAGCAGCUGCAAGCAUUGGUGCCAUUUGGAGUGCGACGUCGCCGGACUUCGGCAUCAACGGUGUACUGGACAGGUUUUCCCAGAUUCAGCCCAAGUUGAUCUUUUCAGUCGAAGCUGUCAUCUACAAUGGGAAAAAACAUAACCACCUGGAAAAGCUGCAGAAUGUCGUAAAGGGGCUCCCAGAUCUAAAAAAAGUAGUGGUGAUCCCAUAUGUUUCCUCGAGAGAAUCAAUAGACAUUUCCAAAAUCCCAAACAGUGUCUUUCUAGAAGACUUUCUCGCAGCAGGGAAGGGAGACCAGGCCCCCCAGCUGGAGUUUGAACAGCUUCCCUUCAGUCAUCCUCUUUUUAUCAUGUUUUCGUCUGGCACAACAGGAGCCCCCAAAUGCAUGGUUCACUCAGCAGGGGGGACAUUACUUCAGCACUUGAAGGAGCAUAUCCUGCACGGCAACAUGACCAGCAAUGACAACAUCAUGUACUACACAACGACUGGCUGGAUGAUGUGGAAUUGGUUGGUGUCUGCCCUUGCUGUAGGUGCUUCUGUAGUUCUCUACGAUGGAUCACCGCUUGUUCCAUCCCCCAACGUCCUGUGGGAUUUGGUUGAUCGACUAGGAAUCACCAUCCUUGGGACAGGUGCCAAAUGGUUAGCAGUGCUGGAAGAGAAAAACCUUAAACCAUGUGAAACACAUAACCUCCAGACCCUCCAUACGAUUUUGUCGACUGGUUCACCGCUCAAGCCCCAAAGUUAUGAAUAUGUUUACAAGCACAUAAAGAGCAACGUCCUUCUUGGAUCCAUUUCAGGAGGUACGGAUAUAAUUUCCUGCUUCAUGGGACAGAACGUGUCCAUCCCAGUUUACAAAGGCGAGAUCCAGGCACGAAAUCUUGGAAUGGCUGUGGAAGCCUGGAAUGAUGAAGGCAAGCCAGUUUGGGGAGAAAGUGGAGAGUUAGUUUGUACGAAGCCCAUGCCUUGCCAGCCGACACACUUUUGGAAUGACGAGAAUGGAAGCAAAUACAGGAAGGCCUAUUUUUCAAGAUUUCCAGGUGUUUGGGCUCACGGUGACUACUGCAGAAUCAACCCUAAGACAGGAGGCAUUGUCAUGCUUGGACGUAGCGAUGGCACACUGAAUCCAAGUGGCGUCAGGUUUGGAAGUUCUGAGAUCUAUAACAUAGUGGAAGCUUUCGAGGAAGUGUCCGACAGUCUCUGUGUCCCUCAGUAUAACAAAGAUGGCGAAGAAAGGGUCAUCCUUUUCCUCAAAAUGGCCACCAACCAGGCAUUCAGUCCAGAUUUGGUGAAACGAAUUAGGGAAGCCAUUCGGAUUGCGCUCUCAGCCCGGCAUGUUCCCAGCCUCAUUUUAGAAACUGAAGGCAUUCCGUACACAAUAAAUGGGAAGAAAGUUGAAGUGGCUGUCAAACAGGUUAUUGCUGGGAAGGAAGUGGCUCAGCGAGGGAUCUUCUCCAACCCAGAGGCACUGGACCUCUACCGAAACAUUCCAGAGCUCCAGAACUUCUGAAGGAAUCUGCCUUUUCCAACCAUUUGAUGUUUGUGUGUUAUGUGUGUCUGGUUUUGUAUUGUGUAUAUAAUAUGUACAUGGAUGCUGUAUGCGAAAGAAACUUAUUUAAGUGACAGUGUUUCUUUUGAAAAAGGGAAAUGCUGUUUUUAUUGCCAAGUGCUUCAUGAAAAAGGCUGUUUGUAGGAGUGCAGCGUUGUGAAUUUUUGGCAUAUCGACAGUGCUCUUCCAGCCAAGAAGAGCUUACUUUCCCUCCUUUUAGGUAACUGGGUGCAGAAUUUUUUUAUAAUGUAUACUAAACACUUGUUUUCUGGGUUUAAUUUUAUCUUUAAAAUUAAGGUAAAUGAAGAAAAAAAUUAUCUUUAAAAUGAAGGGAAGAGGGCAACUAUCACAUGGGCGGUAGGGUUUUAUUUAAUUUAGCAUAAGGGUCUAGGUUUCAGGCUGUGUGCUGAGCCUUUGGGGAAUUUUUUAUCAAUGGAAACAUCAGAAAAUGGCAGGUAAAUGCCUCCCUAGAGCAUAGGUUACAUACUGCUAUUACUGUUCUUUGCUCACAGUAUCUAGUCGCCAGAGAUGGAUGUGUUGAGGGUGCAUUCUCAAUUGACAAAAGUCAGCAAUGAGCCCUCUGAACCUGAAAAAUUGCUUUGGAAGACUACAUCUCUCCCAGAAUACUGGUCAUGGUGACUGGGGGAUUAUGAAAGUUGGGAUCUAAAAGGUAUAUUUUUCAUGCUGCUUGGGGCCCAGCUGGUUUGGUCAGUAACCUGUUACAGAAUUCAAGGUGUUUCCUUGACUUUUUCCAGAAACCCUCAGUAACACCCAAGAUGCUCCUUGACUAAAAAAUCCACAUGAGAGAAAUCCCUGCAAUAAAGAGUUUUACUCAGUUCAAGAAUUCCUUUUUGUUUCCAGCUUGUUUACUUUGGCUGCAUCUGUGCUGCGGAAAUAAUCCAAUUUGACACUGCUUUAACAGCCGUGGUGCAAUGCUAUGGUAUUCUGGGAUUGCUAUGGCACCAGAGCUCUCUGACAGAGAAGGCUAAAUGUCUCACAAACUGACAAAUCCCAGAAUUCCAUGGCACUGAUUGACUGAUUUGAUUUAUUACUGCACAUAGCCAGCAUAAAUUCCAUGACAUUGUGCUAUGGCAGUUAGAGUGGUGCCCAACUGGAUUAUUUCUGCCAUGCAGAUGCAGCCUCUGAUCUUGUUCUUUUAAAGCGACUUGGUUCUAUCUCAAAACCUUAAAAAGAAAGAAUUUCUCUUUAAAAAAAAAAUGAAUUGUGAACUACGGACAGCAUUGUCUGCUGUUCUAAAUAACUUGACUUUGGUCCCUAGGUCUGAAAGAUUUUGCCCCUUGUCUGGGUACAGUGUGCCAGUGUCCUCUUGCAGUCAAUGGGACCAGUUAGUUUGAACUAGUUGAAAAGUGGAUCAGUUUCAUGGGGCUUGGGUGAGUCAAAUGUUCUUUGCAUGAUAUUCCGUUCAGGCCAAAUUGCCUUUUUUUGGAACCGGGAGUGAAGUGGUGGGCUUGGAAGUAUGGCUGUCCAUGAAACGUCAUGGUUAAGAUUUGAUUUUUAAAAUGAGAGGAAAACAAGUCCGCUUGAUACACACUGACAAGCCUGUUGCACAGCGCAGGGGCCUGGGCACAGAAGUGUGUGAUAUAACCUCUGAUCUUGUAUAGGUCAACCAGGAGCUGCAUCAACAGAGUGGGAUAGGACCCUCAGCAGAUACACUCUUCCCAAGGAUUCCCCAAAGCAAAUCUGUUUUCUAUUUUUCUGUGGUGCUAAGAGCAAAUAUAGAAACAGUUUUUAUGCACCUCACCUAUUGAAUUCCCCAUACUCCUGUCUGUAUAGGAAACAGCGGAACUCUGGCAGAACCUGUGUUCAGAUGGGCAAGGAGCAAGGAAGCCAUGGAAGCCAAAUGAUGGACUGCAGCGCCUAUCAUUCCUGACUGUUGGCUGCACUGCCUGGGGCUGAUAGGUGUUGGUGGUCCUGACAAUGUUGGUGAGACACAGGCACCCUUUGCCUUCAGUCUGAUGAUGGGAUAGACAACCUGGUGCCCUCCUGAUGUUUUUGGGCUACAGAUUCCAUCCUAGCUAUUGGCCGUGCAACCUGAAGCUGUAGUUCAAAAUACAUGGGGAGUAUUACGUUGCCUAGCUCUGAACUUGGCUGUUGUGGAGGAAAAUAAUAAAAGUGGGGAAAAUAGGCAGGGGAGUAUCUGUGAGACGGAGGGUUACACUGAACCCAGGUAAGGAAGCCCUUACCAAAGUCCACCGACAGGGCAUCCCAGAAGUCCCCCCAAAAAGCUUCGUGUUUGGUGGCCAAAACUUUGUUUCUGUUUUUUAUGUUUUUAAUGCUCUUUGGGGCCGGGGAAAUUAAAUUAAAAUGUUUUCUUGGUGCUUUUUUUUUUUUUUUUUAAAUCUACCUUGGUUCUGAAAGGAUUUCUUUUCCUAAUAAAAGAAGCUGUUCCAAGUGUACAGAGACCUCACCAAUGGUUGUGUUUUUGAUAAAGGAAUUGUAAGAGCGAUACGGAAAAUAAUGCUAUCUUUGGAACGGUAGGCCGAUUCUGUUUUGGAUUUUUUCCUUUUUGUAAUCAUGAUGUUGAGUAAGCUCAAUGAUGUUUUAAGGGAUUUAAAUGUAGUAAAAAUGCAGAAUAAAUUCUCACUUUUAUCGGA